CUGAAGUACACAGACUAUUGUGAGGAUGAUGAUUCUAAAGAAAUUUUAAUUGUGAAAGAUAUAUAUGGUAAAGAUUCUGUCAAGAAACUGGAAUGCAUUGGACAUGUAGAGAAAAUGGUUGGUAGUAGACUACGAAAAGUAAACUCCACUCCUGGAUUGAAAGGAAAAGAAGGAAGACUUCUUCCAGUAAACCAAAGACAGCGAGUUUAUCCAAAUGGCACUUUGCAGAUUAUGGACGUUCAACCUGGGAUAGACAAUGGCCACUACAGCUGCGAGGUCACAUCCGGUCAAGGAAUGCAGCCUGCAUCUCGAACAUUCCGCAUCGUCAUUCGAGCUGGACCGAAGCUGGCCAGUUUUGCUUUUAGGGAUAAUCUACAUGAAGGAAUGAGGACAGCAGUUACAUGCAUAGUUCUUGCAGGAGAUGGACCUCUCACAACAAGAUGGUUGAAAGAUGACAGGCCAAUCACAGAGCACGAAUUAAAUGUUAAUAUUCUCCAAGAAGAUGACGGAUUUAUUUCUACACUAACCUUUAAGAAUCUGACUUACAAACACAAUGGAAAUUACACGUGCAUUUCUACUAAUGAUGUCGCCUCUGGUUCAUACAGCGCAACCCUCACUGUAAAAGUUCCUCCUCGCUGGAUUCUGGAACCCAGCGACAUAGCAACCGUCGCUGGACGACCUGCAAGAAUCGACUGCCAAGCGGAUGGUGUACCACAACCUCACGUGCGAUGGAAAAUGGCCACAAGUCAACCGCCAGAACAGUUUAAAACAAUUGUCAGUAGUUCCCACAUCCACAUAUUGGUGAACGGCUCUCUAAAUUUCCGCAGCGUGGAAGCGACGGACUCUGGGCAGUACCUCUGCGAAGCCAACAAUGGAGUAGGACCCGGACUAAGUGCUGUUGUCCGGUUGACAGUGCACAGCGCUCCACAUUUUCUUACAAAAUUUCUAGUUGUGAGCACGAGAAGAGGAGAAAAAGCCGUGAUAGAAUGUUUCCCCGAAGGAGAUCAGCCUAUGUCAUUUACAUGGAGGAAGAAUGGAGUUCCUCUAGACCUGAGCAAAGAGCAUAGGUACACACAGAUGACGGAAACUGUUUCAACGGGCGAGCGGUCGAAAUUAAUAAUUGAAAAAGCGGAGAGAAAAGAUUCAGCUAUGGUCACCUGCACCGCCACCAAUGAUUAUGGAGAGGAUUCCAUUAAUAUUCAAGUGACGGUCCAAGACAUUCCGGAUGCUCCUCAGAACCUAGAGAUACAUGAUGUUGCCAGCAGAAGUGUACGCCUGACUUGGAAAAGACCAUUUGACGGAAAUUUUCCGAUAACACGAUAUACCAUUAUGUGGAGACAAAUUGAUGGUAAAACAGUGGGAGGACCUCUUCAUGUACCCGGAAGUGAAACCACUCUUAUCAUACGAGGACUCAAACCUAAAACGAGGUACUUCUUCCGGGUGAAAUGUGAAAAUAUCCUCGGAGAAAGUCAAUUUGGAGCCGAAGUUGCAAUCACCACUCUGGAAGAAC